AAACCUGGACUUGAAUUUCUCACGUACAGUGCACUUCCUUUCUUGUUGCUCGACUUUCAGUUUCAAGCAUCCUCUCUCGGUCUUCGCUUCUCGAUUUCGCUUUCAGAUGGAUUGGCAAGGGCAAAAGCUAGCAGAGCAGAUCAUGCAGGUACUGCUAUCGGUGUUUGCAGUGGUUUCAUUCGUUGCUGGUUAUGUGCUGGGAUCGUUUCAGAUGAUGAUGCUCGUAUAUGCCGUUGGCGUGACCCUCACAGCCUUGAUUACUGUUCCGAAUUGGCCUUUCUUCAACCGCCAUCCGCUCAAUUGGUUGGAUCCCAGUGAGGCCGAGAAGCAACCCAAGCCUCAGGUAGCUGUGAGUUCGAAGAAGAAAAGCACCAAGAAGUAGGGUCAUUUUGAUUUCGUCUUCGGUUGCUAGGAAGCUGAAGGGAUAUCUUUUUUUUUUUUUGCUUUUAUUUACAUCAAUGGGUACUGUAGUCCGCUAGGUUACUUGAAAACAAUUAGAGGGGAACCCCUUCUUCCUUUGCCUCUACUAUGUUGCUAUUAAACAAUUGAAGAGAAUUUUCAUUUUCAUUUGCAUAUCUAUUUCAUCUUGAUGCCUCUAAGAUGUUUACAUUAUUGCUUUGCUAUCAAAUGCCAGAAAGCCUUUGUUUGGUUG